ACAGCCGUUGGAACGAUACAGUGUACACGACAUUUUUAUCUCUCUUACAUUUUCGGAUACAAAAUCUGUAUAUCGAUUAUACGCUUGAUAAAAUUAGUGAUUGCUGGUACAAUGAGUGGAAGAGUACCACAGAGUCGUAAAAGUACGAGAGGUAGUAAGAGCUAUGAGAAUAGAUCGAAGAUAUCAGGCAAGAGACCGUUGAAUCGAUUUGAAAUGGAGGCUCCGCCUCCAGAGAGCGUCGGUACUUCUGCUAAGAAACUGAGGAGAUCUGAAGAGUCAUAUAACGAAAUUAAAGUGAAUGAAACUUUUGGCUACCGUUUACUAAAUUUUAUUGCGGUUUUUACUGCACUUUCGGAAUCUGUUGUGUGUAAAACGUGCCAUUCUAAAGUGACAUUUAGCGAAAGCAGCAAACGAGGCUUGGGAUUCAAAAUCGUUCUUUCUUGUGAGAACUGCGACGACAUUUUCAUUCCGAAUUGUCCUUUUAUUGAUAAUGCAUUUGAAAUAAAUCGUAGAAUGAUUUUUGCUAUGCGAUUAUUGGGUAUUGGUCUUCAUGGAAUAGAAAAGUUUUGCGCCUUCAUGGAUCUUCCUCGACCAAUUUUUCAUUCAUUUUACGAUAAACUCACGCGCACAAUUUUACACGCAACUGAAACAGUUGCUAAAAAAAGUAUGCUUAUGGCAGCUCAAGAAGAAAAGGCUUUGUCUCUAGAAAAAGGUCAAACAGAUGGUUUAACAGUGUCAGGCGAUGGAUCGUGGAGAAAACGUGGCUUUUCAUCACUGUUCGGAUUGGUAACAUUAAUUGGAUGGUUCUCUGGAAAAGUAAUUGACAUUGUUGUGAAGUCUAAGUAUUGUAAAACUUGUGAGUUUUGGGAAAAAAAAGUUGACACUACAGAAUACGAAGAAUGGAAAACAUCACACGCCAACGAAUGUCAAGCGAAUCACGAGGGAUCAGCCGGCAAAAUGGAAGUCGACGCAAUCAUUGAAAUGUUCCAACGCUCAGAACAAUUGCAUCAGGUGAAAUACGUAAAUUACAUUGGAGAUGGAGAUUCCAAAACUUUUAAGGGUCUUUUGGAAUCACAACAAGUAGAAAAUUCAUCAGUAAAGAAAAAGGAAUGUAUUGAUCAUGUUCAAAAACGAAUGGGUACUCGCCUUUGCAAGUUGAAGAAUGCCAUGAAAGGACUUGGAGAAAAAGGCAAAUUGACUGCUAAACUUAUAGAUGAAUUGUCUGUUUAUUUCGGAUUAGCUAUCCGUCGUAAUCAUAAUUCAAUUGAAAAUAUGAGGCGAGAGAUCUGGGCGACCCUUUAUCAUAAAUUAUCCACAGACGAAAAGCCACAGCACGAUAAAUGCCCGCCCGGUAAAGAUUCGUGGUGCAAGUGGCAACUGGCGAAAGCCACUAAUAAAUUAGCUGAAUUUAAGCAUAAGCCAGCUCUUCCUCAAAUGGUUUUUGAUGCUAUUAAGCCAAUCUAUGAAGAAUUAAGUAGUGACGAUCUUCUUAAACGUUGUUUAGGUGGCUACACCCAAAACAGUAACGAAAGUUACAACGCUUUGAUUUGGUCAAUGGCUCCAAAAUCAGUUUCCAGCGGCAAAAUUAUUAUCGAUACAGCAAGUAAUAUUGCUGUUUGUACAUACAAUGAUGGAUAUUCCAACCUUAUGAAGAUUAUGGGAGAAUUAAGCAUAACAAUUGGACCGAACUGCUACAAUUAUUGCCUCGAGACUGACGCGCGACGCAUCAAACUUUCGGAGCGCUCGAUGACAGAUGCUGCAAAAGAGGCUCGAUCAUCACUAAAAUCGACCAAGAAGGACCAGGAGGAGAAGAACAUUAAUGAGGAAGGUCAAUUAUAUGGUGCAGGCAUCGCAGAUUAAAGAGCAAAAAUUGGAGCAGCUAGUAGGUCGCCCGUAAGGCACUGUCCGAAACGAGUGGUCAUCGUUGCAGAGCUCUGUCACCGCCAUUUUGUAAAAAAAAAAAAUGCAAAAAAAUUUUUUU